GAUAUGGACAUGCACCGCUAACAAUAAAAACGAAAACGCUACUCCUCCCUCAUAUCAAAACCCUUGGAAUUCAAAAUCCUGCAAUUUCAAUCGGAAUGAAUCCGAAUCAAUCAUCCAACCCAUCACAAGAUCCUAAUGUAGAUCGCAUUCAUCCGGGUUCCGGUAAUAACUACACAUCAACGACACCGCAUGGUCCAAUCCCCAUUUCCGCCUCCAAUCCCUACGUGUCGGCUGCUCCCGUGCAGGAUUCUUCAACCACGAAUACCAUGGAUUCGGUAAAGGUUGUGGUUGGGAGAUGGGCGAAGAAGGCCGCUGAAGCAACCAAGAAGGGGCAAGAAUAUGCUGGAGAUAUGUGGCAACAUUUGAAAACGGGUCCCAGCAUUGCUGAUGCUGCUGUUGGAAGAAUUGCUCAAGGAACGAAAGUUCUCGCAGAAGGUGGAUACGAUAAAAUCUUUAGAACAACAUUCCAAACCAUUCCUGAGGAACGGCUUCUCAAGUCGUAUGCAUGCUACCUAUCAACUUCUGCAGGGCCCGUCAUGGGAUUACUCUACAUCUCAACUGCAAAGCUUGCAUUCUGCAGUGAUAAUCCACUUCCAUAUAAAGUUGGCGACGAAAAGAAAUGGAGCUAUUACAAGGUUAUCAUCCCAUUGCAUCAACUGAAAGCAGUCCAGCCUUCCAGAAGUAAAUCAAAUCCUGCUGAAAAGUACAUCCGAGCUAUAUCGGUUGAUGAUCAUGAGUUCUGGUUCAUGGGUUUUGUAUAUUAUGACAGUGCUGUGAAGAAUCUUCAAGGUGCACACCAAUAUCCACUCAGCAUUGCUACUUCAAAUUGUUAAAUCAUCAGUUGGUUGUUGUUGAUUUGUUUGUUCAAGAUCUGAUAUAAAUCUGGAAGAUACAGGUUUCUUUACAAUUGAGAUCUGAACUGGUCUUCAAAUCUGAAUUAAACGUUUUAGAUCGUUUUUGUUUUGAUCAGCUUAAAACGGAGCUGAUUCGAAACUAUCGGAGUUGUUGUUUGAGAAUUUCGACAUUUUCGAUUCAAUAAGUGCAAAAGAAAACGAAGGAUUGUUGGCUGAAGUGUUGUUAUAAGGAUUGAGUAUAUGCGACGGAUUUGUACUGUUAGUAAAAGAGAAGUAGCGGCUGGUUUUGCA